AUGAUUAAUGCUCUGAUUGAGAGAUGGCGGCCUGAAACUCACACGUUUCACUUUUCAGUUGGUGAGUGUGCCGUGACCUUGGAGGAUAUGGCGAUGAUUCUCGGUCUGCCGACAAAUAGUCUUCCAGUAACAGGACCGACCAUGAGUUGUUUUGAGGCAUUGGAAGCCGAGUGCUUGCACCAAUUUGGAGUUGCACCGAGGAAGACGGAAUGUAGAGGGAGCUUUAUAAAAUUAACAUGGUUUAGGGGUUUGAGAGAUCGUAUAGUGUUGAAUGAUGUUGAGCAUAUUCAGAUGUAUGUAAAGUGUCACAUAAUGUUGUUAUUUGGGACAGUUAUGUUUGGAGAUAAGGCGAGUUCAGCUGUUCAUUGGAAAUUUUUACCUUUACUCCGUAACUUUUAA